AUGGAAACGCAAUUAAUUCGUCGAGAAAAUGGAAUCGACUAUGUAUUACUUACGAAUGAUAGAUUAGAAGAAGCAUUACGUAUUCAAGCGAGCACGAUGGCCGACGAAAAUAUUGCUAUUGGAUUAGGUAUGUUUGAAGAAUCUGGUGCACCCGAGGAGAUGCAAUUGAUCUUCAGGGAAGUUGUUAAAGAUGGAGUUUCGAUAAUCGCUUUAGACAGUGACACCAACGAGAUGGCCGGAGUGAUCUUCAAUAAAAUGCAUAUUCCUUUGAAGGAUGGUGAGGAGGAUGCAUUCGAGAGUUUCGUGGAGAAGAAUAUAAAGCAUCGUUCUUGCAUCGAGCUUAUUAAUUUUCUCAAUAACGUCGAGUCAAAGGUGAACAUUUUCGAAAAAUACAAUGUCGAUGCCAUGAUGGAAAUGUUUUAUCUUGGAACUGAUACAAAAUAUCGUGGCCGUGGGAUUGGUAAGAUACUUACGGAAUGUACUUUGAAAUUAGGAAAAAUGUUGCAAAAUGGUGAGAUUAAAAAAGUUUCGAUGGUUACCGACGAGACGAUAGUUUUGGAGGCAGCGAUCCCAAAAGUUGUGAUCGCCGUUUACACGUCGAAUUAUUCCAUACGUAUCGGCGAAAAGUUAAACGGUGAAUUUUUAGUAAAUGUAUUCUACGAUGAUUUUAUUAUCAACGGUAAAAAAAUGUCGGAGAGAAUCGGUAGCAAUCAUAAGAGGGUCGCACUGGUUGCUUAUAAAUUAUAAUAAUAAUAAUAAUAAUAAUAAUAAUAAUAAUAAUAAUAAUAAUAAUAAUAAUAAUAAUAAUUAA